AUGAAGUUGUGUAUUUCUACACUGUCUGUUGUUCUUGUUCUGUUGGAGCUGUUCGUGAUCGAUGUUGUUUCGGUGACUAAGUUACCUAUAACGGCAGCUCUCAACGUAAAAAAGCCUCGGGCCAAAGCUGUUCGUGCUGAGGAUCUUCUGUCUUUUGAUCACUAUGUUAAAACAUGCCCGCAAGCUGAGGGAAUCAUUCAGCAGAAAGUCGGAGAUUGGACUCAAAAGGAUUUCACUUUGGCUGCUAGCAUCAUUCGCUUGCAUUUCCACGACUGUGUUGUGAGAGGCUGCGACGCAUCGAUUCUGCUUAACCAUCGAGACAGCGAGAGGAGGGCAUUUGCUAGCAGGACACUUAGAGGUUUUGAAGUAAUCGACGAUAUCAAGGCUAAGCUUGAGAGGCAGUGUCCUAAAACCGUCUCAUGUGCUGACAUUCUCACCGCUGCAACUAGAGAUGCCACAAUCAUAGCUGGAGGUCCAUUUUGGGAAGUUCCCUUUGGGCGCAAAGAUGGUAAAUUUUCAAUCCUCAAGGAAGCUGACAGUGUUCCUCAGGGAUACGAGAACAUCACUCAAUUGAUCGAUUUUUUCCAAGCGCGUGGCUUGAACAUGCUUGAUUUGGUCACCCUCUCCGGGGCACACACCAUUGGCAGAAGUUCUUGCUACGCCUUCAAGCACAGGCUCUCAAAUUUCAAUGGAACAAGAAAGCCUGACCCUUCGCUUAACUCGAUGUACUUAAAUAAUUUCUUGAAGAAGAAAUGCAAAAACGACUUGGACUUGGUUUAUCUCGACGCCAUAACUCCGAAGACAUUCGAUACAAUGUACUACUCGAAUCUUCACAAGAAGUUGGGAUUGCUGUCAACUGAUCAGCUGCUCAAUUCGGACGAGAGAACCGGUCCUUUUGUUGCUGCAUUGGCGUCCCAGCCGGGUCUUUUCGAAAGCCAGUUUUCGGUGUCAAUGGUGAAGCUUGGAAAUGUGCAAGUUCUAACAAGAAGCAAUGAAGGAGAAAUCCGAGUGAACUGCAAUUUUGUCAACGCUAAAAAAUAA